AUGGCGGACGUUCAAACCGCUACCCCUCAAGGCGGUUCUGGUAGGGGAGGCAGGGGAGGUAGAGGCAGAGGCAGAGGACGUGGAGGCAGGCCACGGAGAGGUCAUCACCAAGGCUCCGAGCGACCAAACACUGGUGGCGAAACAGCUCAACCAGCGCAACUAGCCGAACCCUCAAGGAACCCCACGGAAACGGCGAGUGUAAACGUACCCCCACCGGAUGCGCCGUCAGGACCUUCAAGGGAAGGAGGAGGACGAAGAAGGCGAGGAGGUGGAGAAGGUGGUCCUCGGCGCGGGAGAGGAGUCUCAUCUGCUCAACGAUCGAUCGUGGUAUCUCACCGAGGACGUGCACCACCUCCAGGGACGGUGGCGGCUCCGCCCGCUGCUGAAGAACAUGGCAAUGAAUCGGGCGCCGGGUUAAGCGCCGAUGCUCCCGCUUUUGUUCCCGGUCAACCACUUGCAGUUCCAACCCAACAACCAAGAGCUGCCCGCGCGAGACCCCAAAGGGAGCAUCGUCCUGCGCCACCAACUGCCUCCAAGUCUUCGGCACCUGACUUGACCACUCGAAUCCACGAGGAUAUUGCCAACGGACUGUACGAAUGCGUAAUAUGCACAAAUGAGCUAACGCGCAAUACUCGGAUCUGGUCGUGCUCCGUUUGCUGGACUGUCACCCAUCUGUCCUGCGUUAAGAAAUGGCACGCCAAUCAGGAAAAGAAUGCGGAGCAGCAGGAGCAAAACGCUGACCAGCCGUUGACUUGGAGGUGUCCCGGCUGCAACUCGCAACUGGUCGAGAAGCCCGGACCGGAUCGCUGCUGGUGCAAAAAGGAGAUCGACCCGAAACCUAUUCCCGGACUGCCUCCCCAUACUUGUGGACAGACAUGUUCCAAGCCUCGCGCUACCUGCCCACAUCCGUGUUCAUUGAUGUGCCAUGCGGGACCUUGUCCACCAUGCACAUUGAUGGGGCCUUCCCAGACUUGCUAUUGUGGUAAGCAUACCUCGACCAAACGCUGCAGUGAGACUGAGUACGGCAAAGGCUUCAGCUGCGAAGAGGUCUGUGGCGAUCUACUCCCAUGUGGAGAGCACUUCUGCGAGCAGACCUGUCACCCCGGGCUCUGUGGAGCUUGCGAGGUUCCUCUUUUGUCGACAUGCUAUUGCGGGAAGGAGCAGAAGGAAAUACCAUGCGAUCAACGUGAUGAGGUUAUGGAUUCUUUCAACUACGGACAGCUUCAAGGUUCCUCGGAAGAGGCUGAUUCGGACCCUUGGUUUGAAGGCUCAUUCCGGUGCAGCAAUAUCUGUGGCAGACCUUUCGAUUGUGGACAUCAUACGUGCCAAAAGCCUUGCCACCCACAAAACGAAGAAUCGACACAUUGCCCCUUCUCCCCGGAUGUGGUUACUCGUUGUCCAUGCGGGAAGACCCCAUUGACGUCGUUGCCAGUGCCUCCGCGGCAGUCAUGCCAGGACUCGAUACCUCACUGCGAUAAGCCAUGCCACAAGGUCCUUCCUUGCGGUCACUUAUGUGAGAAGAAAUGCCACACCGGCCCCUGUGGGAUGUGUUCGAAGGUUGUCGACAUCUCUUGCCGUUGCGGCAGGACAGUGACCCAGUCAGCCUGCCACCAGGGCACGAUUGAGCAUCCAAUGUGCUUCAGGGUUUGCAAAGUCCAACUUAACUGCGGCAGGCACGAGUGCGGCGAGCGUUGUUGUCCGGGCGAGAAGAAGGCCGCAGAGAGAAGGAAGAAGAAGAACCGUGGUCCAAACGAAAACUACGAAGCCGAACAUAUCUGUCUUCAGGUUUGUGGCCGUACACUGAAGUGUGGUCAACACACAUGUCAGCAACUCUGCCACAAGGGUCAAUGCCCGUCAUGUGUGGAGGCUGUCUUCGAUGAGAUCAGCUGCAAUUGCGGACGCACCGUACUCUAUCCUCCACAGCCCUGCGGGACGAGGCCGCCCGAGUGCCGAUUCCCGUGUAGACGGCGCCAACCAUGUGGCCACCCUACUGUCCCUCACCCGUGUCAUCCGGAUGACACUCCUUGUCCAAAGUGUCCAUCCUUGAUGGACAAGCCUUGUAUUUGUGGAAAGGAGAUCAUGAAGAAUCGCCCAUGCUGGAACAACGAAGUGCACUGUGGGCUCCCCUGUGGAAAGAAGCUCAAGUGCGGAUCGCACGUGUGCAAGAAGACAUGCCACAAGCCGGGCGACUGCGAAGACGCCGGCAUUCCUGGCUCCCACUGCGCCCAGGCUUGCGGAAAAGUACGCAAAUCUUGCGAACACACUUGCGCCGAGCAGUGUCACGCUCCAUAUCCUUGCAAGGAGGACAAGCCUUGCCAGUCCAAGACAUUCAUCACCUGUCCAUGCCAGAAUCGCAAGCAGGAAGUGCGCUGCAUGGCCACGAUGCUCAACCCCUCGUCGACACGGGAGUCUUCGCUGAAAUGCGACGACGAAUGUCUCCGACUGCAGCGGAACCGCAAGCUAGUCGAUGCCCUCAAGAUCGACGACACCCAUACGGACGACCACAUCCCCUACUCCGACAAAACCCUCAAGAUGUUUAAGGAGAACGUCAACUGGGCCCAAACCCAGGAGCGUGAGUUCCGCGUCUUCGCCUCCUCGCCCGACGAGAAGCGUCUCAGAUUCAAGCCCAUGCCCUCCUCCCAGCGCGCCUUCCUGCACAGUCUAGCCGAGGACUUCGGCCUCGACUCCGAGAGUCAAGAUCCCGAGCCCCAUCGGCACGUUUGCAUCUUCAAGACGCCACGAUUCGUCGCUGCGCCUACCAAGACACUUGCGCAGUGCGCCCGUAUCGCCAAGACCGCCGCCAGCCUUAAGCCCGCUGCUGCCCCGGUCGUUGCUCCCCCGAAGCAGCAGCAACCCUAUAACGCGCUGCUGCUCAAAGAGCCCCGGUUCGGGCUCACUAUCGAGGAACUAGACCAAACUCUGGUCGCCGAUAUCAGAGCCGUCGCCAAAUCUGGCCUGACCGCCGUCUCGUUCACCACCAACUUUCUCCCUUCGGAGGAAAUCCUAAUCAAAGCCACGCCUGCUUCCACGGCAGCGGCUAUCGCCAACUCCUCCAUCGCCGCGACGCCGCAGGCCGUCGAGUCCGCUCUCACGACGCUCAAGGCUGCGGUCUCCAAAACGGUUACUCGUCUCAAGCUGGCAACAGGCGGCGUGGUGCUAUGUCACGCUGACGACUCGUUGAAUGUCGUCCGACGGGAGGCCGAGAGCGGUGCAGGCGGGGCGGGUGGAUGGAACGCGGUUGCUGGUCGCGGGUCCUGGAAACGGCUUGGAGGUGGCCCCAAGACGUCGACAGCCGAGGCGGAGAAGGCGGCAGCUCCGUUGACGAGGUCGUUUGUUACGCUGAGGAAGAUCAUGGAGAAGAAGCCGGUGGUGGAGGUGAAGAAGGAAGCGGAGCCGGUGGAGGAGGAUUGGUUGGCUGCUGUGGAGAAGGAGGAGGAAGAGGAACAGGAGAAGGAGAAGAGCGUUACAUCGGGAUCUGAUUUCGAAGGAGAAGCGGAAGGACAGUCUAAGAAUGCCAGUGUCAGUGGCGAUGUCCAGGAAGGAAACGGGGUGGUAUCGGAUACAGAACAGAGUGUUGACAGUGCUGCUGUGCAUGAGGAAAAGGAACCCGAGCCGUCGUCGGUGGAUGGAGGGAGCUUCUGGACUGGGGAACAGGCUGAGACUGAGACUGAGACUGAGAUUAUGACGGCCCCGGAGACCAAUGAGGCUGCUGCUACGAUGAAUGCUUAG